AAGUAAACAAAGUGGUGGUCAUGCCAAUGUUUAAAUGUUUCCUCAUCUUAAUUACAUUUAAUUAGUUAAUUAGUUACUUGGAAUUUUGUCAAUUGUUUCAAUUUUUUCCAUCUUUUCUAAUCUUGUUAAUUGUUAUUAUUUUGAGUAAUUAAUUCUUUUCACGAAAAGUAUGGAUGAUCUUAGUUUAGCGAAGCAAAAUCUUUUCGAUUGUCUUGGUUCCAAUUUUAAAUGUUACCUAAGUCUUUUGAGAUCUUGGUUCCGGAAUAAUAUAAGCAAAGAUGAAUUUGACUUUGAAGCUCGAAAACUUUUCAAUAAUUCUAAUAUUUCCAAGCAUAAUGCAUUCCUUUUGGCUUUAUUUAGUCGAUGUCAAGAUCUUUCAUCUCUUGAAAGUCAAUCUGAUCGUAAAACAAAACUAGAUGAAAACGAUAGAAGUGCUAAAAAUCGACCAUUAAAAAAGUCUCGACCCAAUUUUAAGAUUAGUUAUGAUAAACGAUUUGUACCAAUUGAUCCUUCUCUUUACUCACCGGUUCCGACAAAAAAGUCACGUAAACAUGAAGCCGAAAGACGAGAAGUGUUAUCAAAAGUAGCAUUCAGUUUAUCUGAAGGAUCUUUACCAGAUCAUUUUAUGGCCAAUUUAAGGAUGCUCGUUAUUGUCUGGGAAUCUGGUUUAGACAAUUUAUCCAAUGAUGCAGUUUCCAUGUUAAAUUUAGCUCUGAGAGAUUUCAUUAAAAACAUUCUAAUGUACGUGUUAACCUUUAAAUCAUCUUUCCGCAGUUAUGAUAAAGGACAAGUACGAUACUCUGUUGGUGCACCAAUGAUCAAUCCAUAUCUGAAAAACUCUCAUACCCUUUGUAAAUAUCCUCAAGAUAUUCAUUCAUCAAUUGUUAAUAAUUCAGGUGAUCAAAUACCCGCUAUCUUACCAACCAGUGAAACCGCUGAACAUGAUGCUAUCUUUCAAAUAGCCUGUUCCAAAUUACCCACCGAGGAUUAUGAGACAUCUAAUUGUGACUCAGGUCUAAUCAAUUUAUGGCAAGUUUUUCACGCCCUUCGAUUACAUAAAUCAGCAAUACCCUCACACUCGGUGUACACAAUAAACAUGGAAAAGAUAAUCACUCGCCUAUCUCACCCAACCUCUUCAACUGAAGAUUAUUGAUUCGAAACAUAAUCGUUACUUCAUCACCAUCACCAUCACCAUCAUCAUCAUCAUCAUCAUCAUCAUUUAUUGUUUUCUUGUUAAAUUCUGCAUCCUAAAUAUACAUCUCACGUUUAUUGUAUUUACACCUCAACCCAAAUUCACCAUGAAAAGUCAAUCAGACAUCAAGCAUAAUAACGAUGAAGAGUAACACAAAACUCAUUUAGAAAAUCAAUUUGGACAUCAUCUCAUCUAAUGUAAGUGAACAAUUAAAACUAAACAAAAAGUGUAAUAUUUUUACAAUUUAAAUAAUGUAAAUUAUAUCCAACCUAACCAAUAAGAUGUAAUAAAAAAUUAGCCUGAAUGGUAAAGAAGUUACUAUUAAUAUGAAUAAAUUACUACAUGUUAACCAAAAACAA